GGCGUAGAUGGUCAUGCACUUGCCGACUCUUGUGUCACACUGCCACUAUAGACACCACGGGGUCAAAACUCUCCGAAGAAAAGAAAAAUGGUUCCUGCGGCGGCGGUGGAGGGGCUUGCGGCCUACCGGGCGGUGCUGCGGGCGGCGCGGCGGACGUUCUCAGGCGACCAGUUGAUGCUGACGGAGUCUGCGGUGGAGAUCCGGCGUCGCUUCGAGGAUCACCGCGGUCUCGCGCCAGGAUCGGACGACGCCGCCCGCGCCCUCUCCGAAGCCCGCGAGGCCGCACACUUCAUCACCAACAUGAUCGUCCAGGCCCAACGCUCACCCUCCGGAUCGUUCGCCCUGGAAGAACACAAGCAUUAGGCCUUAGUAUCAAGUUUGUAACUUGGUACAGUUGGAGGACAGAAUAUCAACGUGAUGACUGUUAUAGCCAAAGACAUAAGGCCGCAAUGUCUGUCCCCUUGGAAAUUGAAUUACCUAUGUUAACCUGCAAAAGGAAACAUGCAAAACUAUCCCUUGGAAGGCGUUUUGAACUGAUUCUAUACCCUUAAUGUCACUGGUUUUUCUGAUUUAUUAUGUGAAAGGAUUACUUUAGCACCGACAGAGUUGUUAAGGAACCGUGGACUUAUAUAGUUAUUACAUGUUUCUCUUUAGAAAUCACUAAUUUAUCCUGAACAACUUACUUUUGUUUCCAUCUCAUUUGGUGUAAGAAUAAGUGCCCUUUAACAGCUGAUGUUCUUGGAA